CCCGUCCCGCGGUCCGCGAGUCCCCGCGAAGGGACGAGGACCUCGCCCCCCGAGGAACCUCCGAAGAGGCGGGAUUUCUCCGCGGGAAGGGGAAGCGGGAUUUUGUUGUGUGGCUUGGAGAUGAGGCAGGUAUCUGGAGUGGGGUUCCUCCUGGGGCUGAUGGCUCUCCCAGCGGCGCUGGGACAGAGAAGCUCGGGAAGCCCUAUAAAUAGCAGCCAGCCUCAGAGCUUUGCCAUCGUCUCUUUCAAAUGGGAUCACGUCAAGGACCCUUAUAUCAUUACACUCUGGAUACUUGUGGCCAGCUUGGCCAAAAUCGUUUUCCACUUGUCCCACAAAGUCACUCGGGUGGUUCCAGAGAGUGCUCUGCUGAUCGUUCUUGGUCUCUUCCUCGGUGGCAUCGUAUGGGCAGCAGAUCACAUUGCCUCCUUCGCCCUUACACCAACCGUAUUUUUCUUCUAUCUGCUGCCCCCCAUUGUUUUGGAUGCUGGAUAUUUUAUGCCAAAUAGAUUGUUCUUUGGAAAUCUUGGCUCCAUCCUGCUGUAUGCUGUCAUUGGGACAGUCUGGAAUGCUGCCACAACCGGUUUAUCUCUCUAUGGUGUCUAUCGGACAGGAAUAAUGGGCCACCUGAAUAGUGGACUGCUGGACUUCCUCUUGUUUGGCAGUUUAAUUGCCGCUGUAGAUCCUGUAGCUGUUCUGGCAGUGUUUGAAGAAGUCCAUGUCAAUGAAGUUCUGUUCAUCAUCGUUUUUGGAGAAUCACUUCUGAAUGAUGCUGUAACUGUGGUGCUGUACAAUGUGUUCGAAUCUUUUGUUACAAUAGGUCCAGAGAAUGUGACGGGGGUUGAAUGUGUCAAAGGAAUAGUGUCAUUCUUUGUGGUGAGCCUGGGUGGGACACUGGUUGGCAUUUUCUUUGCCUUCCUGCUGUCAUUGGUCAGUCGUUUCACCAAGCACGUGAGAAUCAUUGAACCUGGAUUUGUGUUUAUCAUUUCCUACCUGUCCUACCUCACAGCAGAGAUGCUUUCUCUUUCCGCUAUCCUUGCGAUAACUUUCUGUGGCAUCUGCUGUCAGAAAUACGUCAAGGCUAACAUAUCUGAACAAUCUUCUACAACUGUAAGAUAUACCAUGAAAAUGAUGGCCAGUGGAGCAGAAACUAUUAUCUUCAUGUUCCUGGGAAUUUCAGCUGUAAAUCCAGAAAUCUGGACUUGGAAUACAGCUUUUAUUCUGUUGACUCUGGUCUUCAUCUCAGUGUAUAGAGUUAUUGGUGUGGUUUUACAGACAUGGAUUCUUAACCACUACAGAAUGGUCCAGUUGGAGAUAAUAGACCAGGUGGUGAUGUCAUAUGGUGGACUACGCGGAGCGGUUGCUUUUGCCCUGGUUGUACUUCUGGAUGUGAACAAAGUGAAAGAGAAAAACCUGUUUGUCAGCACAACUAUCAUUGUUGUGUUUUUUACUGUUAUUUUCCAGUGGCUGAAAGUGAAGAAAACGGAACACAGAGAGCCAAAACUGAAUGAGAAACUUCAUGGCAGAGCCUUUGAUCACAUUCUUUCUGCUAUAGAAGACAUUUCUGGACAAAUAGGACAUAAUUAUCUGAGAGACAAGUGGUCCAAUUUUGAUAGGAAAUUCCUCAGUAAAGUACUGAUGAGAAGGUCUGCUCAAAAAUCAAGAGACCAGAUCCUUAAUGUUUUCCAUGAACUCAACUUGAAGGAUGCAAUUAGCUAUGUGGCUGAGGGAGAACGUAGAGGUUCCUUGGCAUUUAUACGUUCUCCAAGUACAGACAACAUGGUAAAUGUGGAUUUCAGCACUCCACGCCCAAGCACUGUGGAAAGCUCUGUCUCUUAUUUACUGAGAGAAAAAGCUGGACCAGUUUGCCUUGACAUGCAAGCUUUAGAGCAGAGGAGGAAAAGUAUCCGGGACACGGAAGACACAGUUGCUCAUCACACCCUACAGCAGUACCUGUAUAAACCCAGGCAGGAGCACAAACACCUGUACAGUCGACAUGAGAUCAUGCACAGUGAAGAUGACAAACAAGACAAGGAGAUUUUCCAUAGGACAAUGAGGAAACGCUUAGAAUCUUUCAAGAGUACCAAACUAGGAAUAAACCAUUCCAAGAAGCUCAAUAAAAUCCACAAGCGAGACCGGGGCCAAAAAAGGCGAAACAGCAAUGUUAUACCAAAUGGAAAAAUACCUUCAGAAAAUCCAGUACAAGAUUUUACUUUGAAGGAAAAAGAUUUGGAGUUUUCUGAAUCAGAAGAAAAUAAUGAUUAUGAAACUUUGCAUCUAGGCAAAGGAGUUGAUUUCCUGGCUAAUGUGACGAAGCAAAAUUUCACAGAUACUCCUACUGGAAUUGAUAAUCCAGUAUUUUCAGCUGAUGAUGAUCAAAGCAUCUACAUGAAGUUCUCACCAUGGUUAUCUAGUGAAGAUACUGUGGUACCAUCACAAAGGGCCCGAGUGCAGAUCCCGUAUUCUCCAAACAACUUCAGACGGCUCACCCCAUUCCGGCUCAGCAAUAAAUCAAUAGAUUCCUUCCUGCUAGCUGAUGGCCCAGAGGACCGACCCAGAUCUUUCCUCCCAGAAUCAACACAUAUGUAAUAUUUUCAAAGAUAUUAUCACCUUUAUUUUUAAUCAGCCUUCCUAUC